GGCCCGUGCGAGUGCGAUCGAGCAGUCGGUCGCCGUCUCUCGUCUCCGCGCGCAUCUUCCACUCGGUUCCCACUUGCAAGUGCGAACACACUCUGCGCACGCUAGCUACGUACGAGCGCUGAAGGCAUGGCCAGCCACUUCGUCCUCAGCACCGGCGCCAAGAUCCCGUCGGUCGGGCUCGGCACCUGGCAGUCCGAGCCCGGCGUUGUCGGCGACGCCGUCUACGCCGCCGUCAAGGCUGGUUACCGGCACAUCGACUGUGCUCAGGUCUACGGCAACGAGAAAGAGAUCGGAUUCGCCCUCAAGAAGGUGUUCGACGAGGGCAUAACCAGCCGGCAAGAUCUCUUCAUCACCUCCAAGCUAUGGUGCACUAACCACGCGCCGGAGGACGUGCCGGUGGCGCUGGACGGCACGCUCCAGGACCUGCAGACCGACUACGUGGACCUUUACCUCGUACACUGGCCGAUCCGGAUGAAGAAGGGCGCCGGCUUCAGCCCGGAGAACGUGAUCCCGGCCGACAUACCGGCGACGUGGGCGGCGAUGGAGGGCGUCUACGACUCCGGCAAGGCCCGCGCCAUCGGGGUCAGCAACUUCUCGUGCAAGAAGCUGGAGGAUCUGCUCGCCGUCGCGCGCGUGCCGCCGGCGGCCAACCAGGUGGAGUGCCACCCCGUCUGGCAGCAGGCCAAGCUCCGGGACCUCUGCGCGUCCAAAGGGAUACACUUCUCCGCCUACUCGCCGCUGGGCUCGCCGGGGACGUUCAAAGCAUUCACCGUGCUGGAGCACCCGGUGGUGGUGUCGACGGCGGAGAAGCUGGGGAAGACGCCGGCGCAGGUGGCGCUGCGGUGGGGGAUCCAGUCGGGGCACAGCGUGCUGCCCAAGAGCACCCACGAGGAGAGGAUCAAGGCCAACUUCGACGUCUUCGACUGGUCCAUUCCGAGCGACCUGUUCGCCGGCUUCUCUGAAAUCGAACAAACAAGGCUGAUCCGCGGGAAAUUCUGGACUCACCCGGAAGGCCUGUUCAAAUCCGAAGAAGAGAUCUGGGAUGGUGAAAUAUAGUCUGAACAGAACAGUCACUGUUCCUUGAGCGGAGGCUGCCAAGUGCUGCCAUGGCAACAGAAUAAUGCGGUAGUAAUAAUCAGCAGUCGAAGGAGCUCGAGCUUCGCUGCUGCUGGUAUGUAGAGCAAUUUGCAUGAGUGAUUUGAGUUCAGAAUCCUCCCUGGAAGUUGUAAAAUACAAAUAGCUUUGUCCUGCUCUGUCAUUUUUGUUUUGAUGCAUUAGUCAAUCCAAAGUCAUUGUGAAAAAAAGCAGAUAGAACAGUU